AUUCGACUCAACAGACGCAUUAGAUUGGUGGCAGUUGGAACGUCAAAACAAAGAACAUUUUUCGCCCUCCCCAAUUUUCUCAAUUCUCACACUAUUGUGAAGCCAUCCGGGCAGCCGCACCUCUUGCUACCGUUGGGAUCUCUGACCUCAUCUUUCUCUUUUUUGGAAAGGAGAAAAGACAAUCGUCUCAUUUCGCUGGUUGCAGAUCAGAUCUAUCUCAUCUCAACUCAACUCGUCGUCGUUCGAGUAGUUCAGUUCUGUUUGGAAAGAGAAGCCAAUGUCCAACAUGUUGAGUCCGGAUGACCAUUCUGCCGGUCCUGGUGACCAACUUCCUUCCGUGGAAGAAGCGAGAGCCAACUCUGAGAUUUUCCGCCGUGACAGCGGUGCCUCUUGGGCUCAAAAGUCGGACGUUGAAACGGCCUUUUCGGGAUCUCAAGGCAGCAGUGAGCAUGAUCAGCUCCCUUCUGUGGAGGAUGUCCGCUUGGAUAUGGGACGACGGGAUGGCGGCGGUAACGGCAGGUGGAAGUUGUUCAUCAUGGCUGCAUUGGUGAUUGUCGCUGCAGUGGCAGUGGCAGUGACGUUGGUCGUCACCAACACUGGCACAGAAGAUCAGGAGUUUCCUAUGGGAUUGAAUGGCAACUCGGAGAGUGGCGACUACAACUUUGAGACUCCUGCGGGAGGCAAGCCUGCUACUACCACGGACACUACCUCUCCUCCCGUCACCGCCACCAAUCCUCCCACAACACCCGUGGCCACUGACGCACCUCAGCAGGAAUCGACGACUGCCCCACCCGCGACCAAUCCUCCCACGGAUAAUCGGUAUGGAAAACUGGUCAAUCUUCUUUGGAACGAGAAUCUCAGUACCAUGGAAGACUUUACCAAUGACCAAUCUCCCCAGCACAAGGCUGCUCUUUGGAUGGCCGACACUGAUACCCUUCAAUUGGACUUGGAGUCACCGGAUAUGGCGGCCAUUAAGCAACGAUACGUUGUCGCUACCAUGUUCUACGCGGUGGGAGGUCCUCGUUGGCCCAACCCUUUGAAUUUCUUGAACGGGGAACAGGAAUGCAAAUGGUUCCUCAAGGCUUACGCUGGGGAUAAGAAGACUAUUCGUCAAUAUGGAGUCAACUGUGUCGAUAAUGUCGUCACUGGCCUUCAUUUCCCCUCCAACUUUUUGACGGGAUCCUUCCCUGACGAGAUGUCCCAUUUGACGGGAUUGAAGAAAUUGGAAGCCUUCAACAACCCUGGACUCACCAAUGGAUUCCCUACUUUCUUCCAAACCCUACCCAGCAUUGAGUACAUUGGGCUCCACUACUGUGGCCUCACCGGCGGCUUGCCCGAAUGGUUGGGUAACUUGGUGAGCGUCAAAUCAUUGGUGCUCUCCAACAAUGAGUGGACCGGAUCUAUUCCUACCAACCUGAACAAUUUGGUCAAUUUGGAGAACCUCUACCUCGAUGACAACCAGCUCAGCGGAGGAAUUGAUAUGCUCGCGGGAUUAUCCAGCAUCCGACACUUGGUCUUUGAAGAUAACGAAUUCGAAGGAAGUAUCACAGACUCCAUGGUCGACAGUUGGCCCAACUUGGAGGUCAUGGAUGCCAGUCACAACAAGCUCACCGGACCAAUCCCGGCAGGUCUUUUCACUCUGGCCAACGUUCGAAUUUUGGAUCUCCAUGGCAAUCAAUUCUCCAGCUUGCCCAGUUUCACCGUUUCCGGCUCCAAAUUGGAAAUCUUGACACUCAACGAGAACGAGUUGGCCGGGGAAAUCCCAGCAUCCUUUGGUCAAUUGACCGCCUUGAAACAGCUUGAUGUCACUGGAAACCAAUUGUCCGGAGAUAUCCCCACCAACUUUGGUGGUUUGGUCAGUUUGGAACUCUUGUACAUGGCCAAGAAUCCCUUUUCGGAGGGGGCCAUUCCCGAAUUCUUGAAAAGCAUGCCUUCCUUGCAGGAACUUUCCCUCAAGAAUACCAAGCGCACUGGAACCAUCCCAGACUGGAUUGGUGACAUGACCACCUUGGUGCUUUUGGAUUUGGAUGACAACCAACUCCAAGGAUCCAUUCCCGAAUCAAUCGGCAACUUGGUCAAUCUACGCUACUUGCUCCUCAAUCGCAACAAGUUGGAUGGUGCCCUUCCAUCGACUCUUGGAGGCCUCGAGAAGCUCGCUUUCUUCAUGAUUGAGCAAAACAGCAUCACUGGUUCCGCCGAUGCCGUCUGCGGUUUCCCUGAAGUCCGCCAAAUGUUUGUUGCCGACUGCCGAGGCGACACGGCUACACCAGAAGUCGACUGCCAAUGCUGCAACGUGUGCUGCGCGGAUGGAGACGAAUACUGUAACGAUCAGGUCUGGUUGGGCGACUCCAACCCCAUUUGGGAACUUGGAUAUGUACGCCAAGGACCUGUGGAAUUCGAUGCCGCUGCUUCCCGAUCCUACACUGUCCAAUUCGGCGGCGAUAUCCCUUAAGAGUGCUACACAGCAAACUGCAUUUUUCACUUUCAUGAUUUCCAAGAGUCGCAUAAUUAUCGGUCCAUUAUGUAGCGUUGGCAAGCGCUACUGUUGUAGAGUAAAAUUAGGGACACGUGCACUUCCUU